AUGUCUAAUAAUGGAGCUGGGUCAUCACAAGCUAUCUCUGGUACCUCUCAAACCGCUUCAUCCGGAGCGGAUGAAAUUCCCGCACGUUCGGACUCAGAAUGCGUUGAAAAGUGUAAUGAACUUGUCGAGCAAUAUCGUCGACGAGAGAAUGCAAAGGCAGACACCAUCCUUGCCCUACAUCAAGUCCUCCUUGAAUCAUCCAGUAUCAGAAUCGGAGGAAGCCUCCCUGAAGCCCUUGCAGUAUACGUUGACAUGCUCGACUCCGUUGAUAGAGCGAAUGGGAAGGCUGCCGAACGAGGAAAUCAAAUUAGGGGAACGUCUCCUCAAGAAGCGGAAGAAAAGGAGCGAGCAGACUCCGAGUCUUCUGACGAGGAUGAACCUCGAAUCAAACGAUCUCGAGGACACCUUGACACCUCUAAAUUUCCAUGGCACAAAAAGCGUGUCACUGCCAUUGCCUCUUUGGCGCCGGAUAUCAAGCAGACCUUCGACCAACUUGAACGAUUCGCAGUUGACCCCAAAGCAGUCGUUCGGGACAUCUUAUCCACACCUGGAUGUCCACCAUUCCCUCCGGAACAGUGGCUCAAUAUCGUCCAAUGGAAAGUUGUCGACUUGGGAAAGGUCCUUGAAGCCACCCAUUCAACAGACCUUGAACCUAAGCAGACCCACAUCAUCGACGACAAAAUCAUAACAUCGCCUUCACCAAGUACAUUAACACCCUCACCUUCGUCUUUCCACAACAUUGGGAAGAGUACACCAGUUGGAACGCUCACAUGUCGGGACUCUUUCACGCUUUCGAAAGCUCACGACAUCACCGUGUCAUCGAGUACGACAAAGCAGUCCGCACCUUGGUGUCACUCCAACGACACUUACGCCUCACUGAUCAUUCCGCAUUUGGGGAACUCCAAUACACUUUCUUGUCCUCCUUUGGCGUGGGUCCCAAUUCCACCGAAUCAAACUCUAGCGGAGGAGGGAAGUCAGAUCGGUCGAGCAGGGGAGGAACAAGACGAGACCCUUGUCAUAAGUGGAACAGAGGGACGUGUCCCAAGUCCUCUUCGGAAUGUUUCUUCGCCCAUUGCUGUGACCGAAAAGGUUGUCGCGGAGCCCACAAGAAAACUGACUGUCCGCGGCUCGGUAAGAGCGGUGAAGGAUCAAAAUAGUCUUAUUGCGGCAGCUCCUAGCCAUAGGAGAAAGAAUAUAUGGAAUGAUCGUUCUCAUCCUCGAAGUCCGACUGCCACGUGGACAGAAACUGCAAAACCGUUACCUCGACCUCCAAAACAAGAAUUCAAGAAUCUUUCAGCGCUUCGUACCAUCUCAGAUUUUCCUCAUCUAUUUCGUGUUUCUACCUGUAUCAACAUCGAGGAGUUUGAGUCCUUGCUUUCGGAUCAUCCCAAUCCUGCUUUUGUUAAUUCUGUUUGUCUCGGUCUUCGUGAAGGUUUCUGGCCUUUCGCCGACACACAUUAUGGAGAAUGGCCCUUGACUUUCGACAACUCCUCUCGUCCUCUCAAGUCUGAUGCUGAAAAAGAGUUUGUUAAAUCUCAAAUCGAUAAAGAAGUCGCUCUUGGACGUUAUUCGGAAGAGUUUGGACCUGAUCUUUUGCCGGGGAUGUAUAGUAUGCUGGUUCAUGCUGUGCCUAAGCCUGGGACUAGCAAGUUCCACUUGGUUACUGAUCACAGUGCUGGAUUGUAUGCCCUCAAUUCGAUGAUAUCUCGGGAUGACAUUGCUGGGGUGACUCUGGACAACGUUCACCAUCUUGGGAAUGGUCUCCGACAUUAUUGUCGGUCUCAUUUAGGUGGAGACUUGCAGCUUUGGAAGGCUGAUGUCUCCGAAGCGUAUCGUCACAUGCCAAUGCAUCUGCUGUGGCAGAUAAAGCAAGUCGUCAUCCUGGGAGAAUAA